ACAUUUUGUUGCUUUCUGUUUCUCAUCAGGAUGUGAGUGGGAUCCCCAGAAGAUCAGAGAGAGUUGAACGACUGUUGAGGAUUCUCAGCUACAUAGGAUGUUCUCUCUCCAUCGUAGGCCUCCUGGUGACCCUGGCUGUCUACAUCACUGAUAGGAAACUUCGUUGCUUGCAGCCCAUCCGGAUCUUAAUGUGCCUCUGCAUUACGCUCCUCUUCCUGUACGUCUUCUUCAUCAUCAUGACAGCACUCGACCGAUAUCCUGGAGAACCUGAGGUCGGUCCAGGUCUGUGUGGGGUCAUCGCCGCCGUCCUCCACUUCACCACGCUCUCAUCGAUAUCAUGGAUGGGCGUUGAAGGGAUAAACAUGUUCCUAAUGGUUGUCCGUGUCAUGGACUCGUAUAUCCCACUCUUCAUGAUGAAAGCCUCCAUAAUUGCAUGGGGUAAACUGCUGUUAUAACUUGUUUGACCAAAACUCUUGAUGCCUAUUGUCACGCAACUAAGUCUUAGGGCCUUGCACCAUAGAAGCAUCGCUUCUUCAGCGUGCCUCUCAGUCCAAUGUUUACAUCCAGGUCAC